CCUAAACCGAGAAUAAUUCGCGCCAAACUUUCGGCUGCUAUUUUGACAUCUUAAGUUUCAUUUUUCAUGUUGAAGAAGUUCGAAAUUAAGUGUAAUCAUUUAUUGCAAUGAGAUGACUGAAACGGAUGAAGAAUCUUGGGCCCAGACAUUGAUAGCGAUAACACCAGAAUUCAAUGGUCUUAUUCGCACCAUAAAGAGUGACAUAACAAUAUCCGGUAAAAAGGAUAUCAGCCUUAAAAACGAUCCCGCCAGUUUCUCAAGUAGAAAAACGAUCUUCGCCGCGAAGCCAAAAUUCAUAGACGAUAAUGAGCUGGAAAAAAAGAGCUACAGGGAUGUUGAGAAUCAAACAUAUUUACAAGGAGUUCCAAAAGUUCAAUUGCCAUUUAAAUAUCGCGAUGAAGCUACACAGACACUGUAUUCGGGCAAAAUUCGUCCCGAGAUAAAACAUUUUCAGGAAAUUAUAACUACCUUGAACGAGAAGACAAUGCCACUGAUGAAAAUCAGUGAAAUCACUCAAACUAUUAUUACGUUUAAUAUGGAAUGCACUCAGGAUGAUGUUGUCCAGGAAUUACAAAAUGGUAUUUCUGAUGACGAAAAUUAUGAUCCUCAACUUGUAGUCAAAGCUAAUGAAGAUGAGGAAACAGAAAUAGAAGUCUCUGAUAUUUUAAAUUUUAUGAUUGAUCGUGUUAUUUGGAUUGGAGAACCUACAAGUACAGUGGUUGUGAAGAAGAUGAACCAAGAGAUCCAGACAAUUUUAAAGUACCAUAAAGCAAUGAAGAAAAUGUUUAUGGACAAUGAAACACAGACCGGUCUAACGUGCAAGCCUAAGGAUUCCAAUACAAAAUUAAUUGCUGAGUACAAAUUAACUACAGAUUAUAUGAGAAACUACUUAGAAGAAUGUUUCCAACAAGCUGUACAUUCACUGACUGUAGCGAAUGAUAUAAUUGAUGACCUUGUCGAUAAGUGUGCUGAGAGGGUCCAUUUUCCACCAAGAAAUGUAGCUACACAAACAAUUGCACCGUGUAAAGUCCUGGAAGAUAAGGAUGAUGAACUGUUACGCAAAUUAAAAUUGCCAAUAACAAUAGAUCCUUUCGAAUCAUCCAUCAUAGUUAUUCCUAUAGCAAAUGAUAUUCUAGAAGCAGCAUGUAAUAUUGUCUGCCAAAAAGCACACCUUAUAGUGAAUGGUGUCAUUAAAAGGGUUGUGGACAGAUCAUCAUUAAUUGGUAUUAGAUUAGACCAGAUUCGCAAGGAUUCACAGAAAGGAAAACCGAUAGAAGACAUUUUCACGGAGAGAAGAAGGAAAUUAAGUAAAUUAAUGUUAAAAUCUAAGACUGACGAAAUAUCAACACAAACUAGUAUCGCUGGUGUGCCAGAAGUUACAAAAAUACAAGAACCGAAGGAAACACUUUGUUCAGUAUGCAAAAGAGAUUCUAUCUGUCAUGUCUGUCUGGCUGCGGAAAAAGAAACUGAUUUAUCAAUAGAAAAUAUUAAGAUACUACGUACUCAGGAUAUUCUCCUAACUUAUAAUCCAUGCUAUGUAAUAGCAACAAAAUCAGAAACAGCUAAAAAUCCAGCAUUGGUACCAACAUGUCGACCAAAAAUCGAGGAAAAAGCUAAAUUAUCUCAAGCAAAAUUAAAUCAUAAAAUCGCGAUCCCUUGCGAAUCUGCUAAUAUUAUCGAUCAAAGUACUAAACGUCAUCCUAAGAAAAUUAGUAAGGAAUCAUUAAGUGGAUGGUCUCACGUCGUUGACACAUCCUUAUCAAAAACGUGGUCAAUGCAAAGUCCCACAAGUAGCGAGAGUAAAUCUAUGGCGAAGAUAAAGGAAUCUUCAUCAAAAUUUUUGCCUGAGAGAUGCAGCAUGUCCCAAGGGGGUCUAGCGUUACGGACGAUAGAGGCGUUGGACAUUUUGAAAAAUACUUUUUGCACCAGGGAAACCUGCGAAUCGGUAUCGCUCUCUAACUCUUGCAAUGCACGCUCUCGUGAAGACAGAGCGCAAGGAAAGUUAAUUUGCAAAAGGCAAGACAAAAUUCAGUGUGUUACAAAGGAGAGUAGAAAUCGAACAAAGGAAAAACAGAGUGAUGGCUUCAAAGUUAUUCCAAUUAGAAUAAUAUCAGACUCCGAUUCAUAAGAUGGGUCACUUUUCUAACAGAAAUGUAAAUA